AUGGUACCCGCCUUGAGGCGCUGUGUGGACUUUGGCUUCGAAGGCGCCCAUGGUGCAGCGCCGCAUCCUUCGCAGCCCUCGAAGCCGAAGAGGCCACAGACGCCCGGCUCCGCACGUGUUCUUCGUGAAUCUCCGGUGCAUGCAUCGGAGACGUUGACCUCUGCGAUGGCUGAGGAGCUGCGGGAGACGGCUCCGGUGCCUCGUAGCGAAUGGGGCUUCGAGCGUCGCCAUGGGCCAAAACAUUCCGUGGCCACCGCCCGACGACCACCCAGCCGUUGGGGCUUCGAGAGGAGCCACGGACCGGUGGAUGCUCACCGCUUUGAGCGUCGCACCAAAUCGGGUCCGACCAGCGGCACCAGCAGCCUUUUCACCGGUGGGUUCAGCCCAUCCUUUCACUCCACACGGAUGGCGCUGGCCCUUGGGGCCAUCGAGGGAGGUGAGUUGCCGGAGGAGCCUUUCCUCUACAUGGAGAGUGGGGGCGGUCUCUUUGCCAGGACUCUGGAUGUGCGACGCUUGCCUGGAGGCUACAGGCCAUUCUUGCCCUGCACGGACUUCGAUGAGUACGAUCUGCAUGUGAAAGAGUUCAAGGAAGCCUUGCGGCUCCAACGCGUGCGUCGGAACCUCCACGGCCGGUUGGGCAAAUUUGCGCAAAGCGCGCCGGCGAGCCGGCGGCUCGGCCGGGGGCCAGGCGAGCGCUCUCGUCGAAGGGUCUCCCAAGUCGGAUGGUGA